ACGACACAACCGUGUGACAGAAACCCCGCCCCUCGUGCGUCAUCCUGCAAAAAAAAAGAAAGAAAUACGGAAGUAGCUCCGGACUUAUCAAAAGGAAACGAAAGACAAGGUGGCGUCUUCCAGAACAAUCGUUCCAAAAUGACACUUUUGUGACACUUUUCUUCCGGUCUUUGCACGUGAUCAGCAUAAUGGUGCACAUCCCUAGCCUCCUGCUUUUUUGCUUCACGGCAUGCAGCCGGACACAAGUAGCGCUUUUUUUCGAGCAUUGUGGACAUUCCUCUCAAGUGUUGGAUAGCGACGUAGGCGAGAUCAGGAGUUCUGCUUACCACACGUACUCCUACCAUUUUGGUGCCACGUAUGACUGCUGGACCAUUAAGGGUUCGGUGGGAGAACCGGUCGUCCUCAGCUUCUCGCAAUUUUCAGCUCGGUGCAGAAAUGAGUGGCUGGCCAUCAAAUCGUCCGGCGGCGGCACGCCGCUCGUUUUGUGUGGCUCCAAAUUGCCCCCGCCCGUCGAAUUCCCGGGGGGAAACAUCACAGUGGUGCACCACUUCCUGCCACAAGUCUAUCCCGUGUCGUCGUUUCGCUUGAAUUACGCCAGAGAUGUGACUUUCGGCCAGUGCCCCCGGACGUCCUUCAAAUGCCCGGGAGGCCGCUGCCUGCCCCUCUCGUGGCGUUGCAACGACCAAGCCGAGUGUCUGGGGGAAGGCGCCGGCGCCGACGAGGAGGGCUGCGGGGCCGAGGGGACCCCGCCCGGGGCGCCCGAGAGGAACGGCGCCGGAGAUUGGCGGGAUCCCAGUCCGUCGGCGAAGAGCCACGGCGGCGACAGGGCAGAGGAGCUCUUGGCCCUGUUGAAGGAGAGGCAGGAGACCCCGGUGACGGCCGCUCCCGUCCCGUGGCCCUGCGGGGGGCUUCUGCGGACCUUCUACGGGACAUUUUGUCCUCCGCCUCUCCGCGGCCCCCCAUUGCACUGCGUUUGGACUCUGGACCCGGAUGACUCCCGGCCCUUGAAACUGGACCUGCAGCAGCUGGUGCUGGGGCGCGGCGACACGCUCACGGUCCACAACGGCGUGCAAGGCGAAGGAGACGUCGUUAAAAUUAUCACCAGCGCCUCCAACUACAAGUGGCUGCAAGUGGAGUCGCGCACCGGCCUGCUGUCGCUGACCUACCAGACGGCGGCCGGCUCGGAGGGCGGCGGCUUCAACGCCACCUUCCACGUGGGCGGCUACUGCCCGCCCUGGGAGGGCCGCUGCGGCGGCGCCUCGGGAGGCUGCUUCACGCAGGAGCAACGCUGCGACGGCAAGUGGGAUUGCCCCGAGAGCGGCCGGGACGAGGAGGGCUGCCGGGGCUGCGGCCGCCAGCAGUUUGCCUGCGGGGUGCCCGGAGGCCAGAGGGCGGCGGCCGGGCGCUUUGCCGGCCGCCCCGUCUGCUAUCCCGCCAGCGAGCGCUGCAAUUACCAGCUGUACUGCGCCGACGGCAGCGACGAGAGGGACUGCACCGUGUGUCAGCCCGGAACCUUCCACUGCGACACCGACAGGUGCGUAUUUGAGAGCUGGCGCUGCGACGGCCAGGUGGACUGCCACGACGGCACGGACGAGCUCAACUGCACCGUGGUCCUGCCGCGCAAGGUCAUCACGGCCGCCACGGUGGGCAGCCUGGUCUGCGGCCUGCUGCUGGUCGUCGCCAUGGGCUGCACCUGCAAGCUCUACUCGCUGCGGAGCAGAGAGUACAGCAUGUUUGCGCCCGUCAACCGACACGAGGCGCAGCUGAUCCAGCAGCAGGCCCCGCCCUCUUACGGCCAACUCAUCGCGCAAGGCGUUAUCCCCCCGGUGGAGGACUUCCCCACGGAAAACCCCAAUCAGACUUCCACCUUGUCUCUGAGGGGAAUCCUGCAGCUCCUUCGCCAGGACGCCGUCACGUCCCCGCACCGGAGACGCAGGCCUCGCGUGGUCCGCCGCCUGGUCCGUCGCAUGAGAAGGUGGGGUCUGAUCCCCAGGCAGCCCUCCAGACCUUCCCAGACGGCCGGCCAGCGGCCGCCCGACGCCACCCCUCCGGAUCAGGAGCCCGCUCCCGCCGCUCCCGGCGGCUCCUCGUCUUCGGCGGAGGGCGCCCAGCGGCCCGCGCCUCAGAAAGUGAGCCUGUCCGUCAGGGCCCCGCCGGCGUCUCGCGCCUCCCCGCCACCGCCGCCCCCGUACGCGCCGCCCGCCGAGGCGCCCCAAACGCCCCCCGUGGCGGUCCCGGCCGGCAGCCCGUCCCUGGCGUCCAUCUUGCACACCCUGGGCCUGAGUCUGUCCUUGUUCAGAGCCUCGCCCUCGUCCGGCAACUCUGCGCCCCUCUCGGCCUCCCCCGACGACGACGUGCUGCUCAUUCCGCUUUGCGACGACGACGCCGCCUCGGACGAGGACGUGCCUUUGCUCACUUGAACGGGCCUCCCUCUCUCUGUGCCUUUUUGUCUCUUGUCGUCGAAUUGCUUUUAAAAUCAACUAUUUUACCAUUUAGAAAAACAACUCUCGGGCGUGUUCCCAACCUUUAUCCAGCCUCGGCACAUCUUUCCCCCCCCCAUUCGGCCCACCGUCAAAGAAAUUGCGCGCAGGAUGUAUCGUCCAACUAUCGGACCCCCCCAAAUGAGAACCUGAGUGUUUCAGUCAAAAGCGCAAACUCUCCUUCCAACGUUAGCCAUCAAACUUCUCGAAAGAGUCUGGAAAAGGGUUGGGAACCAAAAACGGCGAGGCUGACGCGUUUCAUUCCCACCACGUCAGCUGAGCUUGUUGCACAGUGGAGUCUUCCCGAGCCACUUUUUGACUCCUUCCGUCUGCCGAAAAACGUUCGGCAGCGGGAUAUGUUUGGAGAUCGUCUUGGGGUAUUUGAGAGAGAGAAAACGUGUCCCUAUUUAAGUGCCUUUUUGAGGAGUAUCCCCCCCCCCCCCACGCAGGUUGGUCCCCCCCCUCCCCCGAACGCACUCACAAUGGCUCGCAGGCAAUAACCCUCGGAUGCGGCUUUGAGUGCGCUUUUCCUCAACCCUUCCCAAGUCCAGUGUAUGUAAAUGGCUGCUUGUGUGAAAGAGACGGACGGGCCCGCAUUGAUUUUGAAAAGAUUGCUGGUGGUCUCGUUGCUUUGUGUCCGACGGAGUAGCUCAGAGGUUUUGAACUUUGCAAUGUGUUGAGAUCAAUAAGAGAAUGUCUUUAGGGUCAAUUUCACUGUAUAUAAGUCCAAAAUGUGGCUGCCAUUAAAAAAUGCACUUUUUA